UCCAGUGUAGGGGAAAAAGGGGGUGGGGAUGACCGACACUCCGGUCGACCUGGCCCGCAGCCAGUCUUGUCUGUGUAGUGUCGCGAGGAACGCACAUUCCAGCGCGUUGCGGGAACCCACCGACUGUAGCAACAAGUAGCGGAAAGAACGCGCAAGAGACAACAGGGUGUGAGAGGGCGGAAGCAUGUGCUGCAGAGUGGGCAAAUGCUGCUUCUGCAUCGACCUGCGAGUGGGUAUCAUCACCAUCGCCUGUAUCUGGCUGCUUGGAGAUGCCCUCUUGCUAGUGUGGACAUCACAUCUGGCAUACGUCUUGAAUGCAGCUAUGGAGGAGCUGCGAUCGGAGGAUUUCGAGGAUGCAGAUCCUGAGUCCAGCGGCAGAGUUGUGGCUGCCAUGAUCCUAGCAGGUGCCUUCUGGAUGGCGGUCAUAGGUGCUGUCCUCUCCAGUCUGGCUGUUCUCCUCGACAUUAUGUUGCUGGCAGGCGCCAUUAACGCUCGGCGCAAGCUGCUCCACGGCUGGAUGGUGGCCUACGCGGUGCUGUACGGCGUCUCGCUGGUGAUUGGCGGGUUGAGCGUCACCGUAGUGUUCCUCUACAACAGCUCCUACUAUGGCCUCUCCAUCACUGCCGGCAUGCUGCUGCACGUAGGGCUGAUGGUGUACUUCUGGAUUGUGGUGCGCAGCUACUACCUGGAACUGGGCCAACAGUAUGGCGAGGAUGGACCACGCACCACAGCUGGCAAGGUCUACCGCACGGUGCCCACAGGGGAUGUUCUUCCUGCCCACGGGACCUACUGCUAUGCGGAUGGAAUGGCCAUGGCACCUACUGCACCACCACGCUACACUAGUGCUCCAUAGGAACCACUAUGUCACUCUUGUAAGGGGAUCACAUCGCUAGGUGACAUGUGUUGAUCACAAGGCUAAGAGGACCUAAUAUCUGUCAUUGUGACAGUCACUCGAAGGGCUGGCCUUCACUGUUUGAUGAUAUGGUGUUAUUACCAUCCAAGAAAAGGGUGUCAAAGGAGCUGCUUUAAAUCUGUCUUCACAGUGGUGUAAUACUUUUUUUAAAUAUCUUCAAGCACCUUCGAUCCUUUUUUGAUCUUCCUCAUAAGAGUAUAUUAUAUUAUCUUGAGACUACAGGUCCAAAAUGUACAUAGUGAGUACAACAAUAUUAUUCCACUACAUCAACGCAUAUACUGUGCAAGCUACCAUAUGAUCACCGAUAGUGGAUAAUUUGUGUACUGCUUUUAUUUACCCCUUGGCACAACCUGAUUGUUCAAGUGUGUGAGAACAAAAUAAAGCAGUAAGUUGACAUUUAUUUGAUUUUGUCAUGUCAUUUUAUGAGACUCGUGUGGGAGGAAUCUGUAUCUUGCUUCUGGAAUAUGUUAUUGUUGUUGAUGUUGUUGCUGUUUCUUCAGUCUGAAAUUGUGAAGACUGGUAUAAUGCAACCUACAUCCAUUUGAACCUGCUUCCUCUACAGUUUUUGCCCUCCACACUUGCCUUCCAUUACCAUAUUUAUGAUUUCUUGAUGCUUUAGUAUAUGUCCUAUCAACUGACCCUUUUUCUUAGUUAAGUUUCUUAUGUACAUCAUGAGACUUGGGUUGUCAUAAAAUGAUACCAUGGUGACUGAAUGAAGCAAUAAUGGAACGUGCAGCUCUUUUUCAAAUCUCCUGUACUCCCCUCUUAAUCUUACUUCUUAAGAGACCAUGAAUAACAAGAAACAUUCAAAAAUUUGUCAGAAGGGGGUAUUAUACAAGCUUCUCUGAGCAUUCUACCAGUGACAGUCAGUCUCAUGAGUGAAUUUUAUAUGUCUUAUAAGGUCUUUCAGUUUUAAAUCACUCUGGGUGCAUCCCAGUACAUAUUUUAUGGUUGUGACUGUGUUUUCAGUGAUUCAUUGCCAGUGGUGCAAUCUGACAAUAUUGGGUCUUUCCACUUGUUUGUAAUAAGUUACAGUAAUUUAUGUUGGGAGGGACCCAUUAAUCCAAGCAAGUAAUUUGUAUUCAGUUCAGUUACAAACCUGUUCUAGUAUUCCACAUCUUCCUAAUGGCUAGUAUCCAAUACCUAACAGAAGUCAAGGAUGCCAGUUUCAACAAAGAUACCAAUAUUUUCUGUCUUUUGGAAAUAGUGACCGAAAAGAACAAGUCGUAUUUCACAGGAUCCUUCUUGAUUCAUGUAGAGAAAGAUUUUGGUUGCCAAAAAGGUGUCUUUUCUCAGUUAAUAUGAAGACUGACCUGUGUUUAAGUCAGAUGGAUGGGAGAUAGAGCCAUUUCUGGAGUGCUUUGUACAGGGUGUAUGUUCACAUGCGAACGAUUUUUAUGUACGCAGAGGUGUUACCACCAUGGUCAUCUUUGUCAGGCACUAAAUGAUAAGGGUGUAGACAGGUUCGCUAACUGGAUGUCCAGCAGGUUCCAAGCACUUCCACUAUCCAAGGUUGUGACCAGGUUACAGACACAAGUUUCUCAUAUCUUAACAUGUUUUUCUCCAGUGGCUUUUAUCUGCUCAGGCAGUAUUUCAUCUCAUACACAAACCCACUCUUCCAGAUUCAUCAUAAUUGGGAAAUUUGUGUAAUACACACCACAACCAGCAGACAGAAUACCUGUCUUAAAUUUUAUGUUCCUUUUCAGAUGAUUCAUUGUCCCCAUUUUCUGUGAACUGGCCUCUACAACACAUUUAAUCAUUUGUACGGUCCUUCUGGAUUAGUAAUGCUAGAGUGCAGAAGUCUCAAUGUAGAUGCACUUAUCUUUUUGUUACCUUUGUUCACAGAGAGUGGAGGUGAGUUUAGGUGAACCUCCUUCAACUACAGCCUUCAAACAAUGCUCUCUGCUUAACAGCACUGUUAUACCAACAGCAUUUUCGAUGAGCCACAAUAAGGGGCACAAAGACACUGAAAUUCAUUCUACACUCUAAAAUUCUGAUCUCACUCUAAAUGAAUGCAGACAAAUUUUGCUGCAGUUUCUUAAACAGAUAGUGCCCACAUUAUUUUUCUCAUCAUUGUCCAACGCAGCUACAGCUCUAUCCUAACAUCUGGCAACAUAUACAUUUACAUCUACAUUUAUACUCUGCAGCCCACUAUGAUGUGCAUGACAGAGGGGGUUUCUCGCUAUUAUUAGUGUCACUUGAUGCCAAUGAGACUUUUUAAAUUAUCUUCCUUCAUUUUAGCUAGUAACCACAUGCCUGAAAACAUAUUUCUUCCUCCACAAGUUCACACACUUCAGUUUAUAUGUGUAACACAUUUGUUACAUCUUUGUUGAUGGCUUUAAAUUGUGUAAAGUUCCAGCUGGUUUCUGCUAUGAGAAGCCCUUUUGAAUGAUAUUCUAGUUGCUGUCAUUUUUUAGCAACAGUCUACAUCUGCCAUCUUCAAGCUAUCUUCAGUGUGUGCUUGAGUGUAGUUUGUGUACCACUGUUACUUUCUCCCUUUCCUAAUCCAGUCACAAAAAGUUCAUGGGACAACCGAUUGUUGGUAUGCUGCCAUGUGGGCUUGAAUCUCUCAAGUUUUGCCUCCAUGGUCUUUUCACGAGAUACACAUAAGAACCACCAAUAUUUUGGCUGGCUCUUCUAGAAAAGUACACUCUCAGUAUUGACAAUAAAGCAGACCAUGGCGCACAACGCCUAUCUUUGAUCGUCUGCCACUGCAGUUAGCUGAGCAUCUCCAUGAUGCUUCUGCACUUAUUAAAGCAACCUCUGAUGAAACACACUGCUCUUUGUUGGUUCUCUACAAUUUCAUUUGUUGAAUCCAUCUGGUAAGCAUCCCAGACUUGUGGAUACUCAAAUAAAGGUCGAGUUUGAAAUUUGUGAAUUACCUAUUUUGUAGCUGGACUACACUUUGUGAGGAGUGUUCUAAUGAAUCUCAGGAGGAGAGUUUAAUAUCUUAGAGGACUUAUUUUAUUUUAGUCUAGUAAUAAUAAUAAUAAUAAUAAUAAUCACGUUUGAAAUUACUAAUGCACAGUGUAUGUUCCUCAGUACAAUGUUCACGGGGAUGGUGCUGAGGAAUAUUGUGUGCUUCAUUAUAGAAAUGAUGACAAUGUAUAGGUGAAUGAAAGGAACUGUUAAGAGAAACCUUCAUAAACAUGAACUACUGAACUGACAUUACACAAUAUGUUAAUACCUUUCUGAUGUGUCGUAUAACCUUUAAGAAAAUGUUUCUAAUAACAUUCAUUCAGCUCCAUUUUGUUGAGAGUUUGUUCUUAUACAUAAUCGUAACAUACCUUUUCCUGUCUAAAGUACAAAAAAAACAACUGAAGAAACCAUAGGUAUGUGUUGUCAGUACUUACACACCUUACAAUCAUCUGGUUUGCUGUAAGCACUUAUAUUUCUGGGAAGCAUGGACUAAAAAAUUUGUUUGGUGAAUAAUGUACAUUGUUGAUGUACCAUUACAAAAUAUCAGUUUUAAACUGAGGAAGGUGCUGUGAUUAAUAAUUGUAAGGAUGACAGUAUUUUAUUAAUAAAAGUUAAUGAUAAAUUACGAA